AUGGGUUCGACGUAUUUGGGUAAUACGGCCGUACAAAAAUUGUGUCAGAAUCCACAACCAGCUAAAAACUUUCCUAAAAAUUCUAGACGACGUGAAAAUCCCCUGGCAUCUUCUCGCAGCAAUAACAAUAAAACUCAACCGCCCCAAACUGCUGCUAAAGUUCGUCCUAAUGUGGACAAACGUCCACGAGCUCGUGGCUUUAAUGGCAACAUCAAUCAUGAAUUUGUUAGCCCUCCUCCCAGCUCCUCCAGAUUAGUUGCAGAGGAAUCUUUGGCCGCACCAUCUUCCGACGAAGGGGCAAACGGUCUUGAAUCGAACCGAAAGUAUGAUGUCAAUUCUGUUUAUUCGGCGGGAUGCAGGAAACAGAACUUGAAUCACUUACUUAACUUCUACUAUACACCUCGUGAAGUUGACUACUACGAUGGAGCUGUGGGCGCAAGUGGCUCAUAUGGACAGCGCCAUGGACAAAUAAAAAAACAUAAAUACAACAAAGAACAGUUCAUACAAGCGAACUUCCAGUUCGUCAUAAAAGCAUCAGCAAAACGUAAAGCUAACGAUUCCCCUGACAGUUUGAUAGAUUGGUCCUUGAUUGAACAAAUUAACAUUCAAACUUCUGACGAACCUCAAUGUCCUAUUUGUCUGUACCCACCUGUUGCAGCUAAAGUCACACGUUGUGGCCACGUGUACUGCUGGACUUGUGUACUCCAUUAUUUAUCAUUGAGCGACAAAACAUGGCGGAAAUGUCCAAUUUGUUACGAUGCAGUACAUGUUGGAGAUUUGAAAAGUGCUUCCAUUGUACAGCAAUCGUCGUACAAUAUUGGUUCUCAGAUUACAUUUCGCUUGAUGCGUAGAAAGAAGGGAUCACUGCUAAUUGAAAAAUAUGAAAACUGGCAGGACGAAAAGUCUUCGGAAUUUUAUCCGUAUGUGUCAAGUCCAAUGGAAGACAAGUUAUUUUCAAAGUUUGUUCUAGCCAGACGUGCAGAUAUUUUCAAUAUAUUGGAAAGAGAGCGUUCCGAGCUUCUUUCAAACGUGGAUGAAUCGUGUCCAGAAUUUGUUUUUGUGCAGCAAGCCAUAGAAUUGUUAACGGAAAGGUCAGAAAAAUUGGGAGAAAUAAAAGAUGAUGAAAAUGUUGUACAAUCGAGUGAACUACAAAUACAACAUUGCGACACUGAUAUUGUGUGUGACGAUUCCGUUUUAAACAAUGGGGAAUGUGCAACUGAAAGUAACGGGAAAGCGAACCAGUCUUCAGGAAGAUAUUACUACUUUUAUCAAGCUGCUGAUGGUCAAAAUGUAUACUUGCACCCAUUGAAUGUGAAGAUGUUGCAAGCUAAUUACGGUAGUUUGUCGGAAGGUCCUCCUCUGAUUGAAGGUCGCAUUUUGCAGAAAGAACAACACUCAAUGGAUGAGGACCACCGUCGUAAAUUUACAUGUUUAGGCCACCUACCAUUAACUUGUGAGUUCUCAGUUGUGGAAAUUGAGCUUCUUCCACCGUAUGUCACAGAGGAUGUUAUCAAAUCAUUCAAAGCGGACAUUGUUCAUCGCAAAAAAGAACGACAACGAAAAGCGCGGGAAGAACGGGAACGUGAAAAGCAAAUUAAUGCUAUAAACGACCGUCAGAUGGGGAAACUAAUAUCAAGUGCAGCUGCGAUUAACAUAAUGUCCGCAGAUGAAUUCCCAAUAUGUGGCUUCGAAGAACCUCUGUCCCCCAUUGCGGAUCCGACGGACGAUAUCCCUUCUACAUCUAAAGGAUCUCGCAAGAAGACAAUUAGUACAAGCAGUGUUGGCAGUUCUAGUUACUCUUCCAUUGCCUUGCACUGUCAGCAGGAAAUCGGUCCAUGGAAAACAGCUAAGCCGGUGUCAAAUGUUUCCAAAAAUAUCGUAAUGUCUCAAACUAGCGACAAUGAAGAAGGUUCUAUUUUGAAUAGUUUCCAUACAAAUUUAGGGGAUGUGCUGGCUCAAGCUUUGUCUAAAAAGAAAUCAUCUGAUAAAAACAUGGUAAAUGUUGAUAAUUCGGGUAAUAAAAAAUCUAAGAAGGGGAAGAAAAUGGUUCCCCUUUUCACAACCGGUAUGAAUUUUAGUAAUUGA